UCGUUGCAUCCAUGCUCUCAUCAAGUCAAUCAUUAUGUUCUCUCGUUUUGUCUCCCCAUUGGGCAGGUUCCCGUUGGCUAGAGCCGUUCCCCGGCCAUCGGUAUACUCCAAUGUGAGACGUUUCGACCAGCGAUUUUUCUCCCGGAAAUCCUUUUUGAAUGCGCGGAGUUCAUCGGCCUCUGCGCCGUUUAACACUCCACAGUCUCAAAAACGAAAUGCGUCCGCUAUGUAUUAUACAGUUAGUGUGAUUCUCGGAACCGUCGCUCUUGCUUAUGGCUCAGUCCCUCUUUACAAAAUGAUUUGCCAACAGACUGGCUGGAGUGGCCAGCCUGUUACCACUCAUCGCGGUGGGGGUGAAGAUACCUCUUCGCGCGUGACUCCUGUUACGGACUCACGUCGCCUUCGUAUUACAUUUAAUGGCUCGGUCUCGGACGUUCUACCUUGGAAGUUUACGCCGCAACAACGAGAGGUCAGGGUCCUCCCAGGAGAAACCGCCCUUGCGUUCUUCACAGCAACAAAUCAAGGCCCGGCCGACAUUAUUGGUGUGGCAACAUACAGUGUUACGCCCGGCCAGGUUGCCCAGUAUUUCAGCAAGAUCCAGUGUUUUUGCUUUGAGGAGCAGAAGUUAAAUGCCGGAGAAUCGGUGGAUAUGCCGGUUUUCUUUUUUAUUGAUCCGGACUUUGCAAAGGAUCCUGCCAUGAAGGGAAUUGACACUAUCACGCUUUCUUACACCUUUUUCAAGGCCCGAUACGAUGACAAUGGCGUUCUCAAGCCCAUGCCGUCUAACUGAAGAAACAAUUGCAAUUGGAUGCUUUCUUCCUCCAAUUUUGGACAAAGCAUAUGAUAGCAACCUCACCCAUUUUUGCCAGCCGGUUUCAGGAUAUCAACCCGGAAUCUGGGACAUGAAUUGGUCUAUUAGGGCUCAGAUGUCUCUGGAUAAAUGUGAGGCUUCAACGGGCCCGUGCCCUUUAUCGUGAAGCAAAAGGGCCUUAUGAAGCCUUCCUCGUUGGAGACUUCUUGAUCUCCAGCGAAGGUCUUUCUCCUCUCUUAUAAAGGGAUUUUGGAUGUAUUAUAUGCUUCUGAAUUGUAUAUGUGGAAAAGUUGCUUUUGUACCAUACCAGCGUAUAUGUACAUACUAGAUCGGUUAUUGAAUCUAAAGGCUGGGAAUUUUCUACUUGAUGAAGAUAGUAUCUACGUGGAUUGCCACAAUAAUAUCCCCAACUUCACUUGAACACUCAUAUCUUGGC